GUCCCUUGCUGAAAACUGUGUUAGGCUUGCCGUCCCGACUAGCGAUCGGCCAUGGCGCACCUGAAAGUGGACUGGGGCGCACCCGGCACUUUUUUUGUGGCCUUCAACCAGGACGCCAGCUGCGUGUCGAUUGCUGACUUCCGCGGCAUCCGCAUAUGGAACCUGAACUCCCAUGUGAUGUGCCUGGACCUGCCGCUGGGCGCCAUUAGCAUCGCGCGCAUGCUCUUCUGCACCAGCCUGCUGGCGUUCGUGGGCGCGGGGGAGCAGCCGCACCUGACGCCGCGCAAGCUGAGCCUGCUCAACACCCACUCCAACGCCAUCAUCCAAAACCUCUCCUUCCCCUCCACCGUGCUGGGGGUGCAGCUGAACCGCAAGCGACUAUUGGCAGUUCUCGAGCGGCGCGCCUUUGUGUAUGACCUGGAGAGCCUGCAGGUGCUCGGCACGCUGGACACGCCGUCCAACCCGCGCGGCCUGGCGGCUCUCACCGUCUGCUCCGACCCCGCCUGCCUGCUGGCGCUGCCGGCGGAGGGCGGCGCGGUGCGGGUGUACGAUGCGGCCAGGAGCGGCGGCGGCGGCGGCGUGGAUGUGCUGUGCGAGCUGGAGGCGCAUAGGUCGCCCGUGAGCGUGAUGGCGUGGGAUGAGGAGGGGGUGCUGCUGGCCACAGCCUCCAAGAAAGGCACCGUGGUGCGGGUGCACGGGGUGCGGCGCAGCAGCGAGGACAAGGCGCUGGAGUUCCGGCGAGGCAGCACCGCAGCCAACAUCACCUGCCUCGCAUUCUCACCUUCCGCCGUCCAGCCACGCCUGCUGUGCGCCGCGUCCGACCACGGCACCAUCCACAUCUUCAAGCUGCACCCUCACGGCAGGCACCCGGCUGCCAAGGCGGCGCAGUCGCUGCUGUCGGCUGUGAUGCCUGGCGUGAUGGAGCCGCAGCGCCCGCUGGCCACGGUCAGGCUGCCAGCCAAGGGGCAGGGCGCCAUCUGCGCGGUGGUGCAGGAGGUGGUGGGGCAGGACGGCGGCGACGAUGCCAGCCCCGGGCUGGGCGUCGCCGGCGGCGCUGUUGCGGAGACGCGGCUGGCGGUGGCCACAGGGGAGGGCUACCUGUACUCCUUCCGCCUGGAGCUGCCGGAGCCAGAGGGGCCCGAGCACGGCGGCACGCUCAGGCACUCGCUGGAGGGCGAGUGGAACCUGAGGCCCUCCAGAUGA